GCUUGGUCCAGUCCGUCAAGUGUCUGGCAAGCGUAGGGAUCUCCGUUAUUGCUCUCCUUACAGUCGCCAUUUACAUUGCGAACGAAAUUAUUGUGAAAAAAAGGAAUAAAUAAUGAAAUACAUUUUGGUUACGGGGGGCGUCAUAAGUGGCGUUGGUAAAGGCGUCAUUGCAAGCUCUUUCGGUACUAUUCUAAAACACUGUGGUAUUCAUGUGACAUCUAUCAAGAUCGAUCCAUACAUAAAUAUAGACGCAGGCACUUUUUCACCCUACGAACAUGGAGAAGUUUACGUGCUCGACGAUGGUGGUGAAGUCGACCUGGAUCUCGGAAAUUACGAACGUUUUCUUGAUGUCACUCUUCAUAGGGACAACAAUAUAACGACUGGAAAAAUUUAUCAGAGCGUCAUAACAAAAGAGAGACAGGGUGAUUAUUUGGGAAAGACAGUCCAGGUUAUACCUCACAUUACUGAUGCCAUACAAGAAUGGGUUGAACGAGUGUCUAAUCAACCUGUAACGGAAGACGGUGAUAAGCCAGUGGUCUGCAUUAUCGAGUUGGGUGGCACAAUUGGAGAUAUCGAGGGCAUGCCUUAUGUAGAGGCUUUCAGGCAGUUCCAGUUCCGGGUUAAAAAGGAAAACUUUUGCUGUGCUCAUGUAUCGCUCGUGCCACAGCCCCGUUCGACAGGAGAACCAAAGACAAAGCCAACACAGGCGAGUGUGAGAGAGUUACGAGGUUUUGGUCUCUCCCCCGACCUAAUAGUUUGCCGAUCGGAAAAUCCAAUAGGUGAAACAGUGAAGGAAAAAAUUUCCAACUUUUGUCACGUUGCCCCUGAACAGGUCAUAACGAUUCACGAUUUGUCAUCGAUCUAUAGAGUGCCAUUGUUGAUGGAAAGUCAGGGUAUCAUAGAAUUUUUGAAUGACAGGCUCCAGCUGAACAUCAGCAUGCCAAGGCCACGCCCAUUUAUGAAAAAAUGGCGCGAUCUUGCCGAACGCAUAGAACAUCUUCGUAAAGAAGUUAACAUUGCAUUGGUUGGGAAGUACACAAAAUUGGAGGAUGCCUAUGCUUCGGUGAGAAAAGCUCUUCAACAUUCUUCGAUCCAAGUCGGUUGUUCAUUGAACUUAACGUAUAUUGAGGCUGCAAACCUAGAGCAAGAAACGAAACAAAGCGAUCCUGUCUUGUAUCACGAGGCUUGGCAACAACUCUGCAAAAGCGAUGGUGUAAUCGUACCCGGUGGUUUUGGUACUCGUGGGAUCGAGGGUAAGAUCGCAGCGUGCAAUUGGUGUAGAAUCAAAAAGAAGCCGUUCCUUGGCAUAUGCUUGGGUCUUCAAAUGGCUGUGAUUGAAUUUGCCCGCAACGUUUUGGGUCUCGAAGGGGCAAACAGCACAGAAAUCAAUGCCGAAUCUCCGUAUCCUAUCGUUAUUGAUAUGCCCGAACACACUCAAGGUCAAAUGGGUGGAACGAUGAGACUUGGCAAGAGAUACACGCGUUUCAGGACCGAAGAUUCAAUCAUUAAACAACUAUACGGAAACGUUGAGGGUGUGGAGGAGAGACAUCGUCACAGGUACGAAGUCAAUCCCGAAUACGUGACGGACUUGGAAGCUUCUGGCCUCAGAUUCGUUGGUCACGACGACGAGGGCCAACGUAUGGAGAUUAUAGAGUUGGACGACCACCCAUAUUACGUUGCAACUCAAUAUCAUCCCGAGUAUUUGUCCAGGCCAUUAAACCCUUCGCCACCAUUUUUGGGUCUCAUUCUUGCAAGUGUUGGCAAAUUGAAAUCUUAUCUGGCUAGAGGUUGCAGACUUUCACCUCGUCAAAUGAGCGACAAUGAUUCCGACGAGGAGUACGUCAAAGUGAAGCCGAAAACACAAGCCUUGCUCAACGUUAAGAAUAAAGAAACAAAGGAAACUUCGUAAAUUUAUACCUUUACGUAUACAUCAAGAGUCUCGGUAAAGUCUCGGGACAAGUACAUUGACAGUCCUGUCGUUUGCUGGCCCGAGGCUCGCCGAGACUAUAUAUAAAAUGCCAUGUGAUUAAUAUGAUGAUACGUCAUAUGGUAUUGAGUUACUGUUUCAAACUGUUUAUGGUUACGAAAUACGCGUGAUAUCGUCAGAGGCUAUGCCAAGACAGCGCAAUGCUCGUGAUGGUUUCGAGUUUUUUUAAGUCUCACUGAUUGUUUUUUUUUUCUUCCAGUCUUGGAUUAGAGUCAAGUCAAUGAGAAGAAAAUCCUUGAAAAAUAUUUUUGAGCAUAUACCAGCUAUCGAUGAACUUGAUUGAUCCAAAGUUGGUUUCAUUAUUGUUCCGGUAUCUAUGUGACAUUUAUUGAGAAAUUGGUGUAAAGGAUUAGGCUUUCUUUGAUAGGAUCCUGUAGAUCCUCAAGAGUUGAUGGUAAACCAAUCUGGUUGUUGAAUUAUUUCUGGGCGCAAGUACAUUACUAAGUUUUUUUUACAUUUCAGUCUCGAUGUAAAAUUAUAAACAAACGUUGGUAAAACAAUGUAACAGUGUAAAAAGCACACAGUGUUAAUAUUGGCAACUUGAUGAGUUUGACAAAACAACCGUUAGAAUUUUAAACGAGUGUACCAUGACCCUGAUUAAAAAUUCACUGUCUGUCAGAAAUUAUGCGACUCCCCUAUGAAGCACGUGAUUUCUGACAGCCAGUACAUUUUGAAUUAGAGUCACGGGAUAUUCGUUUGAAAUUUCAGUGAUUGUUUAUUUUAUGUUGCAUAAUGCUCGAGACUUUUCUGAGUACUCAUAUUGAUUAUUUCUUACCGAAAUGUACACUCUUCACUAUAACCGAAUACGUUAGAAAUAACCCACUUUUCGCGUGAAAAUGGAACGUUCGAAGUUUCUCAACAGUCGAUCAGCAGUAUGAUUUUUGGAGUUUAUUUCCAUUUUCGUCGACCCCAAAUGAGGGAGUUAGAAUAUCAGUAAUUCAACGAUCGAUUCGUUGAGCCUUUGAGCCUCUUUUCUUUUCGAAUAUAUGCUCGACUUUCGAUCGUCCGUAAAUUUUGAACGGGGUUCGAAUACAUUUUUUUUCGAAAAAGUUCCGACGAUAGUAGACGGAUACGUAUUUUUUUAUUGAAAAGCUCCAAAGCCCAUGCUGCAGCAUGGGUUCAAUAAUGCACAAAUUUAUAGCAACUAGACCGAUUUUAUUGACGAAACAAUAUUUGUUUAUUUUCUAAAUUGUUUUUAUACGAAAAGUCCAAGAAAAUGGCUAAUUUGCGAGGAGGGUGUUUUCUACAUUUAUAUGAAAGGCGAUCGCUGGUAGGCGACCCGGUUGACUGGAAAAUUCACAUAGCAAUCUUGCGCGCUUGUCUGUUCGUGAAUGACCGUAAUGGAAGCACUUUUCCAAUAAAUGUGUCGGUCAAAAUUUAUGGAAAUUUUGUCUUUUAUCGAAAGAUUUUUGAUAGUGACUGCGUUUUUCAAAACAAUGAAAGAUUGCAUUACUUUUUUUUGUUAACAAGAAGGUUGUAUUUCUCAUGGAACAAUUGAAAAACAAUAUGCUGUGUUCUUAUCGAAUAGUCUACAACUUCGUAUAAAAUCAUUUCGAGUUAAACAUUCUACGUUUCAUUACUCUUUGUGUAGUCAUCUUUGUGUACUGGAAUAUGAAAUCGUUUGUAUUGACUAAGAAGUGGAAAUAAGUACUUGUCUUGUAAAUAAGAAAAUUCGUGAUUGACAUAUUUUAAACAAUUUCUGAUCUCAUUUUCGUUCCAUCAUCUCAAAAGCUGUAUUACUUAUUCCCUGUCAUCGAAAUAGCAAGUUUUUUCGUUUCAACUGCCUGUUCUGUAACCAUUCGAAUCUCGAUAACGAUAUGUCAAAAGGCACCUCCUGAAAGACCCACUCGUAUUCACAGCUUAUUUUUUAUUUAUAUUUUCUAGUUGUUUGAGUUUUUAUAUUUCACUUCAAAUAAUAUAGAAGCCGUGUCAGGACGUUCUACGUACGUUCCCGGCCAAAGCCUUAUUCCAUUAGAAUGUCGGUACUUCGAUCGAUCAGUCUCGAUGAUUCGAUUAAAAUCUAACUACAAAUUAAGUCGUCUUUGACUGUUUAUUAACAUGACUUUCGAUGAUAAUAGUACCAAAAAAUUAUUCAAAAAUAUUUCGAAAAAAUGAUGGGGGAAUGAAUCAACACAUUUUUUCCUACGCUCAACACGAACUUGUUAAUUACUGUUGAAUAUGAAAAAGUUAUACACUUAAAUUAAGUGAGCAGAGCAAGAAAAAUGGUCCGAACAUUCAUCGAAGGUUGUAGCGAUUAUUGAUUGAGUUGGUAACUUUGAGUAUUAUUAUCAUCGAAAAUCGUUGUUUGCUAAAUCUUGUAGCUCCAAGUUAAUGAAAUUGGAUUAAUUGUUCAAUACUUGAGCCAAUGUUCCAGUAGUGGCUGGAAUCAACCUCGAAUCUUCUGACGUACGAGUAUACGUGUUUAUUAAUGUGCAAAAAAUGUAUCGAUGUAAAUAAAAUGAUAAAAUAGGAAAAAUGAAAUGAAUCAGAAAUAAAACUGCGGAGUUUAGAAUGUA